AUGAUUCAUCAUCAUCAAGAUGCUUCCGUAAGGCAUCCCCGAAUAAGGUUCAUUCGAGUUACCUCUCCAAGUGAUAAUGAGGAAAAUAAGAUGGAUUUUGAAUACACAUCAUCACCUAAAACUCACAAUUUUCAUCAUCGGAAUAGCAUUCCUUCGGAAGAAGAGCCACCCAUGAAAAAGGCAAGCCACCUUCACGCAGUGGAAGAAGGAGCCACAACACAUAACAAAGCAACAACUCCUUCCUCACCUCAACCUGUCAAAAAAUCACACCAACAACAAGAAGAUUCAAGAUCGUCACACAAGAAUCGCAAAAAAGAACUUCUCUCGGAGCUAUUGGCUCGAAAACAUUUAAGGCUCAUUCACGCCACAGCAAAUGGAAAUUGUUUAUUUAAUUGUAUUUCUUUGGCACUUGCUCAAAGUGAAGAGUAUCACACCCAAAUAAGGCAAAAAUGUGUGGAUUGGAUUGAAAAUAAUUUAGACACGCCAGUGUCACAAGAUGGAGGAAUCAAAGUACGAGAUUUAAUAUUUUUAAAACCUUUUCAAGAAACUAUUGAGGAUUACCUGGGAGAAUUGAGACAAGACAAGGAAUGGGCUGAUUAUUGCUGCCUAAAUGCAUUGGCUAAUUUGCUAAAUGUACAAUUGGACGUGUAUUAUGUAAACAUGUUGGAGGAUGGAAAUUGGGAUGAUCCGUCAUCGAUGGUGGUAAAAUCUAAGAUUAAGGUUCUGCCCGCACAAUUUGUGAGGGGAGGUGUCUCUCAACACCGACGACACCACGGUCUCAAAAAGAUUCGUGUGGUCUAUCAUGAAGAAUUGAAACAUUACAACCUCCUUGUUCCACAAUAUCACACCUCUAUGUUGUAA